UUUGCUACAAAUCUUUCGAAAGUUAAUCAGUAACGCAAAAGAUUUCGUUGAAUAUAACCGUGUUUUCGGCUAAAUUAUUUAUUCACUUUAAAAUACUUAAAAUGUUUCGAGAGAGAAAUAUUUUUAUAGGUUGUUUAAUUGUUUUAUGCAGCGGCAAUUGUUUCGCAAAAGUAUCGCCGGACUAUAUAAAACCAUGCCCUGGUUUAAAGUCUGAAUGCCUUGUCAAGAACGUGCAAGAAACUAUUCCCCUUUUCGUAAAGGGUAUCCCGAGCUUAGGAAUAAAUUCUACAGAUCCUCUUUACUCGGAUAGGGUUGAUUUGGAAUUACCUGGCGGAUUGAAAAUAAAUUUCCGGGAUGGAGUUGUGACCGGAUUUAAAAAAUGUGUUAUUGAAUCAGCCAGUUACAAUGAUUUGGACGCACAGUUGGCAUUCCGAUGCAAUAUAACAAUAAAGGGAAAGUACACAGCUGCGGGCAGAGUGCUGAUUGUACAGAUCAACGGUGAUGGAGACGCUAAGAUUAAGAGCCCAAACAUUCAUUUGAACGCUAAGCUUAAAUUUGAAGACGUAACGAGAGACGGUGUAGUUUACAGAACUGUAAAGGAUUACAAGGUUGAUUACAAGUUCCUUGAUCGAGUUAGUUUUGUUUUCACGAACUUAUUCAAAGGAGAGCCAGCGCUGAGUGAAACAGUUUUGAAGUUUCUGAAUGAAAAUUGGAAACAAGUCGUCGAUGAAUUCGGGAAACCAGUUGUUGAAACUAUUAUUCGCUUAACUUUUGACAACAUCAAAACGUUCUUCAAGUCAAUUCCUAAAGAAGAACUUAUAGUAGAAUAAAUUAUUUCCUGGUAAUAAUAGUUUUAGUUUAAGAAGAAAAUAUAUUAUUUUAAAUAAAUUGUUUAGUGUAAAA